CCGGAUGUAAACAAAACUAAAUAGUUUUUGGCGUAGACAUUGGACUUUGGUACUACAUUAGAAGGGAAUUUCAACGGUCACGAACGCAGUUUGUCCUUAAAACAGUGCAAUGACAGCCUGCGGUGUUUUACUAACCCGGCAGCUUUUGCCUUUUGGACGUGGUUUAUGGCGCGUAUUAUCUGUCAAGAGCUGCUAUUCUACCACAAAGGACGAGGUUCGUUGGGCGCAAGAGGCCAGCAAGAAAUACAGAAAACUUGAACCAACUAUAUUUACGAAAAUAAUUGACAAAACUAUUCCAGCUGUAAUCAUUUAUGAAGACGACAAGUGUCUUGCCUUCAGAGAUGUAAAUCCACAGGCUCCUGUGCAUUUUUUAGUUAUUCCAAGGAUUCCCAUUCCCAGGAUAAGUGAAGCACAUGAUGAAGAUGCACUGAUCCUAGGCCAUCUGUUAGUGGUUGCCAAAAACAUUGCAAAGAAAGAAGGCCUGGCUGAAGGGUACAGAGUUGUCAUCAAUGAUGGAAAAAACGGUGCACAGUCUGUGUAUCACCUUCACAUUCAUGUCCUUGGAGGAAGGCAAAUGAAAUGGCCUCCAGGAUAGCUGGACCUGUAUAUUUUUGGACAAGACAUAUAUUACCAGUUCUAAGAAGGAACUUUGGUGAAUCUUAUUCAAAACAUGUAAUGUACUACUUUUUUGCUACAUUAAAGCUUGUUUAUUGAAUUUCA